UAUUGGGUGGGGACCAGAGUAUCUGGAGCAGGGUGGAGCUGGAUAUCACCUGAACAGGCUAAAUAGAGGCAUAUAAAGAGCCGUAAAGCCUCACCCCGCAACAGUCAAUUUAACCUUUUCCCUCUCAGGCUGCUCCUUGUCGCUGGCAUGAUGCGGGCUGUUAUAAUCCUUUGUCUUCUGGGGAUUGCAUUUGCUGACUAUCCCUGGUCGGGAUCCAAGCCAGACUCAUCAGAAAAUGACAAAGGGAGCCUGGAGGAAGCGUGCGUGACAGACCAGGCUUCGUGUGGCUGCUGCGUAAUGCAGCAGAAGAUGCAGAGGAUGGAGAUGUUCUUUAACACGAGCCUAAACGAGCUGGAGAAAGAAUUGAUAAAAACCCAAACUACAGUCAACAAUAUCCGAGCAAGCCGCAGUGCCUUCUCUGUGGCUCUAUUGAACAAAAUUGGGUGCUACGGACCCUUCCGUGAUGACAAAGUCAUCACCUACAGCCACAUUUUUCUCAACUUGGGAGGGGGCUACGAUGUAAAAACUGGGGUCUUCACCGUCCCUCGUGCUGGUGUGUACAGCCUGGCUCUGACCGUCUACAGCGAUGCCGGUUCCUCCGGUAGCCUCCUGGCUGCCUGCGCCAAUCUAAGCGUCAACGGUGAAGUGGUGGCCGGCAUACAAGAAAAAAACACAGUAGACCAUGAAGACAGCGGCUCUGUUGUUGUGGCCCGCCACCUGGAGGUUGGGGACCAGGUGGCUGUCACUCUGCUGGCCGGAUGCUUCCUUUGUGAUAACAGCAACCACUACAACACGUUCACCGGCUUUCUUCUCUAUGCUACCGACUGAGUUUGAAAAAAAAAAAACUUUGGUCUCGUAUGAAAUGUGUAGCUUUGUGAGGGAACCACCUUGGCCUGGUUGCUUUGAUGUAAACAAAACUUAACUCAUUCCUACAUUGGCCGUUUUGAUCAUCAACGAGGUCGUCUUCCUGAUCCAUGUGGCGUGUAUUUGUCCAUGUACUCAACUUUCACCCUGUCAUUCUUUUAGUCGAUUUAUGUAAUCCGAUUGUGGUAUUGAGAUUCAUCUGUAAAAAUGCAAUUAAUAAACUUUGGUUGUCACAAAAAAGUG